AGACGGAUUGGCGAGGGAGUCAAAAAACCUGCACAGUGACACAACUAAAGAAAAGAGGAGGCAGUUGAAGGUGAGAGUGAAACUGAGAGAGUUACGGAACAAAGAACAAAUAAAAAGGGAGAGGGAAAAGGGAAAUAGCCGGAAACCCGCUGCUGGCUGGUUCCUCUUUGCCCGCACUGAUGUCCGAGGCCCGUCCGGUGCCAGCUGAAGACAGUCGACCGAGGCAGAGCGCACAGGAGCGGCCACUGGAGUGGGAGGCUUCGGGGAGCGGACACCGCUGGAGCUCUUGCCUGUGACUGACUCUAUGCCAGGACAUUUCAGCUCAUUCUAAUUACUAUUAAAGUGAAAGUGGGUGCGACCUUUGACAGAACAGUGACCUGUUUUGCUGUCCAGUGAUGGAUUCACCCACAGAUCUUUUCAGCGACUCUUCACCCCAGAUACAUACAUUUGCACCCACUCUCAGCUCAACAGAUCUCCCUGGAGUUCAUCCCCAGCCCAGUGCAGGUCGCCCUCCUCCUGCCUUUAGGCCUCCUGGCUUUCCCCUCAUUCAUCACCUCCUCCAGCCAGGCGGAGCAUCCAGGAGGAUUGGAGGGCAACUCAACUCAAACAUGAGCACACACAGGCACCUGGAAGAUAGAAAUUUGGAGGAAGAUGGAGGAGAAAGGGAUGAACAGGUGGAGCAAGGGAUGGAAAGAGGAGAAGAGGGAGUCCUGGAGGGAGAGGACAGCUUGUUGGAGGUUAAGAAGAGGCACAGUGAUGCUGCUCUCGCAGCAGAGUGGAGUCAAGAUGUCUUAAAAGUUAAGAGGAUGAAGCUGGAGAGCCGACAGAGGGAUGUAGAGGCCGAUGGAGAGGCCGACGAGGGAGGUAGGAGGCGCGGGGGUGGGAGAGAAGGAAAGAGACGAGAGAGGGAAGAGCUGAAAGAGCAGCUGGAGGAGGCAAGAGAGAGAUUGCAGGCCCUGCAGGAGAAAGUAUGGAGGGCUUUUGGGGAAAAGCACAUGGCAGAGGAGGAGAAGAAAAGGAGACGCAGAAAUGGAAACAGAGGAGCAACAGAUGGGAGAGACGGAGAUGUAGGGAUGAUGGAGGAGGAGGACAUUACAGAAGGGAUGUAUGAUGAAGAAGAUAUUGAUGGUGGCGAGAUGGAGAAGGAAUCUUUUUCCCUUCUUUCUGCUUCCCCUUUUGACAACUUCCACACCCACAAGCGGAGAGAAGAGAGGCAAAAAGAGAGAGAAGGGAGGAUGGAGAGAGGAAGAGGCGGAGGAUUGCACUUGGAGGGCAUGAUGGAGGGAGCAGGGUUGUGGUUGGAUUGUGGAGGACUGGUAAGAGGUGACUGGGAUGGAGGGAUAGAAGAUGAGGGUGAGGAAGGAGGGCAAAAGUUUGCUCAGGCACUGAAGCUGGAGCUGGGCAGCGCUGUGGCCCGGGUCAUCGACCGAGUUCUUCGCCUCUACACCGAAACAACAGAUUUCACUCCUUCCUCUCCUCCUGCCGCCAUUUCCUUUCUCCCAUCUGAUGUAGGAAAUGAUGGAGGCAGGGACAGGGGAGUGUGGAUGGGACUAUUAACAAGAGGAAGAGGGGAGGAAAAGGCAAGGGGUAAGGAGGAAAAGAUGGGGGGGCAGGAUGGAGAAAGAGAGAAGCAGCUCCAGAAGAUGAGCAAUGGGAGCAUCGGGCCUCCAGGACAGUCACAUCGCACUGAGCCAUCAGAUCUUACGAUGCCUUUGGCUGUUCAAAGGUCACCUGACAUUAGAAAGGCCCACCCACUCCUUGGCCCACCUCUCUCUACCCACCUAAAUUCCUCUCACCCAAACCUCUCCUUGCAUCACCCCUCUCUACCUCGCCCUCCUCCUCUUUCUCACCCUCCCCUCUUACCCCCAGCCUCACAACCCAAAGACCCCUCCUCCUCCUCCUUCCAUCCAUCUUCAUCCUCCUCUUCUUCUUCCUCUUCUUCCUUCCCUGCGCCUCCCCCUCCUCCUCCUCCUCCCCCACUACCACUCCCGCUGCUGCACUACUCCAUGCAGCAGCUCUUCUCUCGCUCUCUUCACCACCCCCAGCUGCCCCACCUGCCCCCGUCCCGCAAAGACUAUUUGAACUCCGAUCCUUUCUUGGAGUUCUCAUCUCACCCGUCCUUCCCCCCGAUCCCCUUGCUCGGGCACCUGGACCCCUCCCUUGCUCGUCAUACUCACGGAGGCAGAGAGAGGGAGAGGGGGAUGAGAGGAGAUGGUGGGAUGAGAGGAGGAGGAGGGAUGGAUGGAGGAGAGCUCUACUUGACAGCUGGGGGAGUAUACACCCAGGAGGGCUUGUCUCCCUGUCAUCUGAAGAAAGCCAAACUAAUGUUCUUCUACACACGCUAUCCCAGCUCCAACACACUCAAGACGUACUUCCCUGAUGUCAAGUUUAACCGCUGUGUGACCUCCCAGAUGAUUAAAUGGUUCAGUAACUUCAGAGAGUUCUUCUACAUCCAGAUGGAGCGCUUUGCACGACAGGCUGUCCGUGAGGCUCUCACUCGGGAUGGUGCACCUCGUCUGGGUAGAGAGAGUCAGCUGCGAGUGGGCCGUGAUACAGAACUGUAUCGUAUACUGAACAUGCACUACAAUAAAAGUAACGUCUACCAGGUCCCAGAGAGGUUUAUUGAAGUGUCAGAGGUGGCUCUGAGGGAGUUUUACUCAGCCAUUUGGACUGGGAGAGACAGCGACCCCUGCUGGAAGAAGGGGAUUUAUAAAAUUAUCUGUAAACUUGACAGUCCUGUACCGGAUGCCUUCAGACUGCCCGGUUGUCCUGUCGGCUGAUGAGUGAACUGCUUUGAUCUGGUACACGUAUACAAAUGCACAAAAGCAUGCACAAAAACAAACUUACUGAAAGAAGGGAAUAACAUAGAAGCAUCUUCGAACUGUACCAUUUCAGACUUGUCAGCUUGAUUCAGCUUGACACCUAGUAUGAGGAAAUGCAUUUGGUUUCACAGUUUGAUUAUUCAUAAUUCCUUCAUUUUGGGAAAAAAAAGAUCAUGUUUUUGCUUGACAUAGUGUACAGGGACAGACACAUACAUGCACAAAUGGACUGACACACAGGGUCAAUAGUAGGCUGACACACUCAUUGCGGUGAUAAGAGUCUUGUGACUGCACUUAUCAAAGAACGUGACCAUACCAUUGAAUUAAAAUGAACAGAACAGGAAUUCCCUUUCCAAACAUUCUUCACAAUGCUGCGACACGGGCUUGAUAAAACUGUAGCCACAGAGCUGGAAUGGACAGACAGGUUUUCACAAUCAUGUCAUGGAAAUAUGUAUAGUCACUGGUGUGUGGUGUGUCAUCAUGACAUGGCUCCUGUUUUUAGAUGUGUUGUCCAUAUUUCUGAGCUGUGCACCGCCCUCACAUCAUUGAUUCACAUGAAAACAUGAUAUGCAGUCUCUUGUAAAUUACUUUGAUUCGUGCAAAAUAUAAUUUUAUGCAUUCAUUCAGUAAUGAAACAGACUGCUGACAGCUGUUACCAAACGGGGGUGCUACACAGAUGCAUGUUUCAAGUACCUGAGUACAUAACAAGCAUCUCAGAUUGGUCCCAUUUCCCUCCUCAUCACUUUCACUAUUUUUUUAAGAAAAUGCAGUAAUGUUUGGUGCAUAAUCAUUGAUAAUCUUCACCUAAAAUUUAAGUGCUCUACUGUCCCUCAGGAGUGUUGAUAGUUGUACAUUACAGACUGGCCAGAACAUCACAUAUGAUUGCUGUUUGCUAGAAAUGAACUCCUGUUGUUGCCUUGAGUCUGGGCUUCCCUGGAGUGUCUGAACUACCCCUUUCAUCUGGUGUGCCCCACAGCUUUUACAUUUUAGAUGCACUUAUUUUUCCAUGGCUGUGAGGGUGCUUCCUUUGUUUUUUUUCUCCAACAACCUGAGGCUUUUAGGUUUGCAUUCAUGUGAAGUUUGUUUUUGUAUCCAUUUGAAAAUCUUUAAAGAAUCAAUGUUUCAUAACGUACUGGUUAAUUUGGAUAAUUGUAAGAUUAUAAAAAAAAUGAAGUGACCCUUGUUUAAUAGGACUAUCAGGUCAGUGGUUUCAGCCAGUGGAUUUCUUUUGCUUGUGGAUCCAUCUCUCUGUUUAAUAUGACAUUAUUAUAAAGCUUUUGUACAUGAUGGCACAAUGUAAUCAAAUUGUAAUUAAAAUUCUCUCAAAUGGGACAAUAUAUUGAAUUUAAAAUAGUUAAAUUAAUGUUUUGUUGUUUCCUUGAUGUACUCUUAUUGUUGGAAUAAUUACUUAUGUUUUUGUAUUCCUUUAAUGUGAUGCUUACACUAAAUAGGCCGGUUGCACAAUUAACAUAUAUCGACAUUUGUUUCUAAAAAGGUAUUGAGAAGACUUUGACUCUAUCUACUGUAUAUCAUGACUCUUUUAUCUAGAAGACACACGAAUUUCUGUUCAUGAAAAUGUUGGUUGACUGACCCAGAUAAAGGCCUCCUCUGGCUUCAUCACAGCUCUGUGAAAACAAGCCCAUAUGUAAACUAUCUGUGACGUGUUUUCAAGUGCAUGUUUCCUAUAUUUGAAUUUUGUAUUGUAAUCUUGUAUGUUUUCUCUCAUUGCUUUUAUCGGUCUCUCUUUUAUACUGUACAUACUCUAUUCUUUAAUGUAUAUCUGUGCCUCAUUCAAACUUUGGUGAAUUUUGACGUUUAAACUUAUCAGUGAAUUAAAGUGAU